AUGCACUCUGCCAUCUGUCUCUGUUUGAUAUUGGCCAGCCUCUCCAGUGGGCAUCAUCAGGGUCCUGAUGAACAGAACAGCACACAGCUAACUGCUAUAUAUCCAAAUGUUGGCCGUUUUGCAAUUAAAUUUAUUAGUCUGGCUUCUUCAGCCUCACCUGAUGCAAAUAUUUUCUUCUCGCCCGUCAGUAUUGCAUCCGCCUUUUCCGUUCUUUCACUGGGGGCAAAAUCUGCCACACGCACUCAGAUCCUAGAAGGCCUUUGCUUUAACCUGACAGAAAUUCCAGAGAAGGAGAUCCACCGGGCACUCCAUAAUGACUUUUCCGUGCUCACUCGCUCAGAUUCUGGGUACCAACUCGAGCUAGGAGAUGCUCUUUUUUUAAGGGAGGGCCUGGAGGCAUUACCAAACUUUCUGGAUGACGUCAAGGCCUUUUACGCCGCAGAGGUGUUGCCCACGAAAUUCCAGGAGCCAAAAGAAGCCGAGAAACAAAUCAACGAUUAUAUAGAGAAGAAAACCCAUGGGAAAAUUUCGGAGGUCGUCAAGGGUCUUGAUCCAGAUACCUCACUGGCUGUAGUGAACUACAUAUUCUUUAAAGGUACACUUUGGGGUGGGGGAUAAAUUCAACUCCGUUCAGAUUUUAAGACAAACCUUCUAAUUUGAAUUUUCUGAAACCAUGUGAAAGCUGAGACGCAGCAGUUCUUUGAAAUUUGCACUUUGCUCAGAAGGGGCUCAUGGGCUCAGAGUAAAUCCCAUCUCUAGGCAAUCCAGUCAGAUGGGCGAGGUAGAAAUAAUAAAAUGACUAUUAUUUAUUAUUAUUAUCAGAGAGAAUCCUUUGCCUGCGACUUGAGGCAUGUAUCUGUGGACAAAGGCAUGGAGUGAGCCAAUGAUCCCCUUCCUUUAAUCCCCCCAAAUAUUUAGUCCAGAAGCAUCCCCUCAUUUGCUGGGGAAAAAUCUUUGAGGGACUUCUGUUUGUGUUCCCUUGGAUGUGUGUAGUUCCCUCCAUAUGACCAGGAACACUGAUAACGUCACACAAAGUGUCCUACUCUUGUUCAAGUGCGUUCAGUAGAAGCUGCCUACAAAACCUCCCUGCUCAACUGAAGGGGGGUGCAAUUCAUGUGAGGACCUAGAGGGUAGGGUUUGCAUACAUAUCCCCAGCCUCUGACAUCAUUCACACUUUGAGUGAUCGAGAGUCCAGGCAAACUUGAGUCUCACAGUGAAGCUGCCACCACAUGUUAUCUUCACCAGUAAUAAUAAAAAAUAAUUUUAUUAUUUAUUUGCCACCCAUCUGACUGGAUUGCCCCAGCCACUCUGGGUGCCUGCCAACAAAAUAUUAAAACACGGAAAACCUCAAAUUAAAAAAAACUCACCUAUACAAGGCUGCCUUCAGAUGUCUUCUAAAAGUCAGAUAGAUGUUUAUUUCCUUGACAUUGGAUGGGAGGGUGUUCCACAGGGCGGGCACCCAGCUGUAACAUGAACACAUUCAACCUACAUUUCAGCUAUUCAUUCUUUCACCCCUAGAGUCUCUUACUGUAAUGUCUCCACCAUUAUCCUAAUUGCAGCACAGAAGGCAUUUUUGUUGCAUGACCCACAGUGGCCAGGGUGGUAAUGGUUAACUCUUCCCUUCCUAGCUACAACUCCCCAACCCCUGGCUGAAAAGAGCCCCCUGUGCCUUAUUUGAGCUUGAUGGAAAUUGAAGCCAACCAUAUACUUUUUUCAGGCACCAUUGUUGUACAGCAGUUUGGGGAGGGGGAGGUCCACAGCAGAUGGGGAAAGUUAACCUUUUCUUCCCCAGCCGUGGCCUUCUUAAAAAUGCUCCCAUAUUUAGGGUUUGGGGUGGGGAUUCCUAAAGGAUCCAGCAAGAGGUUUAACUUUUUAUGCAGUGUAAUUGAAGCACCGGGAGGAGGUGGUGAGGUGGUGGAGAGGGGUGCCCCAAGUGAUGUCUGUGGGCUUGGAUCCUACAUUUGACCCCCUCGGCUAAACAAUUAAUUUCCUUUACUUUCUUAUUGUGUAAAAUGCACUGCUCUGGUGCAGCUUUGUUGCUGUCGUAUUUGUUGGGGCAUGUGCAAAGUGCCCACCCCAAUGUCAGCAGGGUGUGCAAAAGACCAGAGAAACAGUAAGCACUUCUAAGAAGAAUCAGUUGCUUUACUGACAAUAAUGCAGUUCCAGAUACAUACAGCAGAUACUUUCCUCACAGCAUACAGACCACACUCUGGCUGAGAGCAAACUUGCCUCCAAACACAGCAGCCUUUAUAUUGUAGUUUCUGCUGAGUCGUUCUCACAUGGUUGCUGACUCAUUCUCACGUGACGAACUAGCUGCAGAUGCAGGAAAACACACCCCAGUUAAACAGCACACCAAAAGCAAUCAUAUCUUGCCCUUUCCCCCCCCCCCCUGCAUGCAUAAACAUAUAUCAACCAUAUUCAACCCUACAUAGCAGUUCAGGAAGCUGAGCUGCAGUCUAGACUGCUGCAGCCCUGCGAUGGGAAAACAAACGGUGCCUGUCUAUGAACCUGCUGACAUGUAGCAACAAUCUCUGCCAGAAAAAACACACUAAUAUUGCAAAUAAGAUCAAAUGUUGUGAUUUGAAUGAACUGUGUAAUCUCUCCGUAAUGUGGUGGUGGUCUCUACUUUUCUCUUAAGGUGCCUGGGAAAAACCUUUUGAUCCAGCUCAGACAGAAGAAAGGGACUUCUUUGUGAACGAACACACAACUGUCAAAGUCCCGAUGAUGCACAGGCUGGGCUGGUUCUGGUAUUACUAUGAUGCUGAAUCGCAUUGCCAAGUGCUACAAAUGGACUACAAGGGGAGUGCCACCGCAUUCUUUAUUCUGCCAGAUUCCGGAAAACUCAAGCAGGUAGAGGAGGCUUUCUCAUUAGAUACUUGGACCAAAUGGGCAGUAAACCUCCACCGGUAAGUUUUGUGUUGCUUCUUUAAUGUUUCCAUUAGAUAUAUUUGUAACCAAUCAGCAACUUAGGGCAAAGCUACACUGGUCGGUUAUAACGUUAAAAUGCAUUAUAAAAAUGUGACACCAGAGGGUGCUGUAGAGCAGCUAUCCGUCGGCAAUGGGAAAUUGUAUUAAGAGCUAUAUUGUGGGGGAUUUUUUACAGCGUUUUUAAAGAUCAGUGUAGAUCCAGCCUUACUGUCUUCGAUUACCAUACCACUUACAAGGUAAAGGACUAGAUGUGGACCAUAUAAUAUAGGAAAGCCUUUCUGAAUGUUAGGACUACUCUUACUUUGCCAUGGCAAACUUAUCUAGUUGUAAGACUACUCCUAGCCGUAGCUGUAGGAUAACCAGCCUCAUAUAACCAAAACAUGAAGGUGUUAAUGCCACAGAGUAAGCUGCCCUGAGACAAAUGACUGGAUGCUUCCCCCAUGUCACAUACAGAAGCUGACUUGACUGGCCAUUCGAAUCAUACUUUAACAUCGGUAGUAGCCAGAAUCGUCUGCUGCACCUGAGUGCACAGUUCUGUCCAUACACAGCUCUGUGGGUUGCGGGUAGCACUGUGGUCUAAACCACUGAGCCUCUUGGGCUUGCCAAUCAGAAGGUCGGCAGUUUGAAUCCCUGCAACAGGGUGAGUUCCCAUUGCUCUAUCCCAGCUCCUGCCAACCUAGCAGUUCUAAAGCAUACCAGUGCAAGUAGAUAAAUAGGCAGCACUGCGACGGAAAGGUAAAUGGUGUUUCUGUACGCUCUGGUUUCCAUCACGGUGUUCCGUUGCACCAGAAGCGGUUUAGUCAUGCUGGCCACAUGACCCGGAAAUCUGUCUGUGGACAAACGCCGGCUCCCUCAACCUGAAGCAAGAUGAGCACCACACCCCAUAGUCACCUAAACCGUCCAGGGGUCCUUUACCUUUACCUACAGUUGUGUCCAUCAACAUCUUGUUGUCACUCCCUAAUUUCUGCCACCUGAGACAGCUGCCUCACUCUGCCUAAUGCUAUGGUUGGCCUUGUUCUGAGAUAACGUACAUGGAGCUCCUUAAACCUGAAAUGUGCUCUGUAAAUGCAAAGUAUAAUGGAUGGAAUAUUCUUUCAUGGUGCAACAAAGGGAAAUAUUGCAGCUCCAUUCACAGGCUGUGGAACUGGGUGCCAUUUUGCUGAGUACCUUUAUACUGAAUGGGGUGCCAUGCCACAACAUUUUGCACCGGCUGAAGCCUUUGAAAAGUUCUCAAGGGCAGCCCUACAUAAAGUUUGUUGCUGUAACACAGCAUUCAGCAACCUGGUGCACACAGGAUGAUUUAGGCUACGGCUCCCAUCAACCCCAGCCAGCAGGCCUGCGCUAACUAGGGCUUAUAGGAACCGUAAUCCAAAAUACAUGGUAUGUACCAGGAUGGUGAUGGUUGCCAUAGUUGGACAAGGCCCCAAGCACAUUGAGUCUCAAUGAGAAUAUGUUUCUAUCAUAUCCACUCGGGAGCCGUGAGUUGCCCUUUUAGAUGUCAGCCAUUUGAGCAAAUAAUUGAAGUAAUUUCUUGUAUCUUUCUGUUCCUGAAGUGCUACAGCAUCUGUGUUCCUUCCAAAGUUUAAUAUUUCUGCCAGCUAUGAACUAAAGGAGACCCUCAGCAAAAUGGGCAUUACUGAUGUCUUCAGUGAUCAAGCUGAUCUGACAGGAAUCACUGGGCAGCCUUUGAAGGUGAAAAAAGUAAGUUGAAAAGAAAAAUUUCCAUUAGUCACAUGACUUCAUUUUUAAAUUUUAUUUUUUUUGUGUGCAAAGGAUCCUGUUUUAUUUGGGCAAAUUGAAUUAAUUGUGCUCCAUCUCUUUAAAUUAUCCUUAUUCUUAUUAAUUAAAUUUGUAUACCGCUGUUCAAACAUAAAAAUGCAAAAUGAGAACACAAAAUACAUAAUAAAAUGAAAACAAAGCAAUAAAUCCCCCCUGACAAACACAUUUAAAAGGGGUAUACGAUUUUAAUCAUCCAAAGGCCUAGUUUAAGAGGAAUAUUUUCACCUGGCACCUAAAGAUAUAUAAGGAAGGCACCAGGCAAGCCUCGCUAGUAGGUGCUGGUAGGGAUGGUAAGCAAAGACUCCCUUUUACAAAUCUUAAGGACCAUAUUGCCUAAUAAUACGAGUUGCGACACACCACAGAAUUAAGGAGAUGAGGACCAGAGAAAGUGGACAUAUCAAAGAGGAAGGAGCUAUACAACCUGCUCGUAUGAAUGGGAAAUGAAAUUGAGCACAACUACGAUAAAUAAAACAAAAGUUACAUUUAGCAGGAUUAAAAUUUAGCCAUAAUGUAGGUAGGCUCAGAGCACGUGGCAGAAGUGUUGGAUACUACAGUCAUACCUUGGGUUGAAGUAGCUUCGGGAUAAGUAUUUUCGGGUUGCGCGCUGCAGCGACCCGGAAGUAACAGAACACGUUACUUCCGGGUUUCGCCGCUCGCGAAUGCGCAGACGGUCAAAAUGACGUCACGCGCAUGCGCAGAAGUGGCAAAUCAUGACCCGCGCACAUGCAGAUGCACGGACACUGGUUGCGUUCGCUUCUGGAUGCGAAUGGGGCUCCGGAACGGAUCCCGUUCACAUCCAGAGGUAACACUGUACUGGGGUCUUGGCAGACUAAGUAAUGAAGCCAGGCCUUGUCCACCCUGUUCUUUUUUUAUUUGAAGACAUGUAUUUGAAAUAGGACUGUGCCAUAUGCUGGCUGACUAUGAUAUUCUCUCCAGCGUUAGCCUCCUCAGUGCCAACAAAGCUCACGUUUCUGAACAUUAGGGUUUGCCCAAGAGUUCUGAUACCCUUUUGGGUCCUUGGCUGCUGAGGGUCUAAUUUGCCCUCACAGGCAUUUAUUGUGAUUGGUUGCACCAACCCAUGUGUUUUUGUGAUGUCACCUCAGCAAAGUUACUCAUUGACAGAAAGGCAAAUCACAUAGAUGGCCAGAGGUAAGCGGCAGUGAAGACAAAGGCCUUUCAAAAAAAGCAUUUCCUUCACAAAUGAAAUCCUUUUCUCCUCUCCAAACUCUGAUGUCUUUCUUUGUUCUUCCUCAGGCUACCCAUAAGGCUGUGCUCACCAUGGAUGAGAAAGGGUCAGAGGCAGCAGCAGUCACUGUUGUAGAAGCCAUACCUAUGUCUAUGCCUCCAACCUUAGAAUUCAACAUGCCCUUUUUUGUGCUGAUGUAUGAAAAACAGACCAACUACACAUUAUUUGUUGGCAAAAUAGUAAAUCCCCUUCAGCCCUAA